AUGGAAGAUUAUCGCCAAUAUGCAGAUCUUCUCUUUGAAAGAUUCGAUGAUCGAGUCAAACACUGGAUGACUUUUAAUGAACCAUCAGCAUAUGUUGGAUUUGCCCAUGAUGAUGGAGUUUUUGCUCCUGGUCGAUGCUCAUCUUGGAUGAAGAAUCUCAAAUCUCAAUUACUUAGAGAAUCAUAUGAUUUUAUUGAAUUACAAUACUACACUGCAUAUUAUGCAAAACCAAAUAUUACCGUUGAUCCAAAUUAUCAUAGAUAUAAAACUAGUAGUGGCGUUAUUGAGACUUCUUACGAUAAUAAUGGUAAUCUUAUUGGUCCAAAGAUUAGUAUUCAGCACUUUUUGAUCUAUUCCCAAGAUACAUAUAAUGAUCUAGUAAUUUACAUUACUGAGAAUGGGGUUGACAACUUCAAUAAUGAAACUCAACCGAUUGAGAAGCACUUCAAGAUAGACUACUAUCGAAAGUAUUUGUGGAAUGCAUUAGGAUCUCUCAAGGAAUACAAUGUUAAUAUCAAAGGUUAUUUUGCAUUGUCAUAUUUAGACAACUUCGAGUGGAAUAUUGGUUAUACAUCAGGAUUUAGUUUGUAUAAUGUAGACUGCAAAGAUAACCUAAAAAGAUACCUCAAGAAAUCGGCUCUUUGGUUCACAACAUUCCUGAAUAUUGGUUGA